AUGGCUCGUGGUCCUAAGAAGCAUUUGAAGCGCGUCUUCGCCCCCAAGCAUUGGCUUCUCGACAAGCUCGCUGGCGUGUGGGCUCCCAGACCUUCUACUGGUCCCCAUAAGCUGCGUGAGUGUAUGCCUCUGAUUGUGUUGCUUCGUAACCGUCUGAAGUAUGCUCUCACUUACAACGAGGUGAAGAUGAUCGUCAUGCAGAGGCUCAUCAAGGUCGACGGCAAAGUGCGCACCGACAUGUCCUACCCUGCUGGAUUUAUGGAUGUCAUCACCAUCGAGAAGACUAAGGAGAACUUCAGAUUGUUGUUCGACACCAAGGGCCGUUUUGCCAUUCACAAGAUUCAUCCCGACGAGGCCGCCUAUAAGCUGUGUAGAGUGAAGAAGGUCUACAUGGGCUCCAAGGGCGUUCCGUACGCCAACACACACGAUGGUCGUACCAUCCGUUACCCUGAUCCUGAGAUCAAGGAGAACGACUCUGUUCGCGUUGAUAUCCAAACUGGCAAGGUGCUCGACUUCCUAAAGUUCGAAAUCGGCGCCACUGUUAUGAUGACCGGUGGCAAUAACAUUGGUCGUGUUGGUGUUAUCACUCAUCGUGAACGUCACCCUGGAAACUUCGAAAUCAUCCACGUGCGUGAUGCUGCUGGAAACAACUUCGCUACGCGUCUCUCCAACGUGUUCGUUAUCGGCCAUGAGGGCAAGCCUUGGGUAUCCCUUCCUAAGGGUGACGGCGUUCAGCUCUCUACUGUUGAGGACCGUCAUAUGCGUAUGAAGAAGAACCGCAUUGCUGGCCAGCAGACUAGAAAGUAAACUCUAAGUCUUUGUCACUCGUUUAGUGGG